CUUGACAGUAUUAAAGCACAGGUUACCGCUCAAUCAGGGAAUCUUCCCUUCAUCCUUGUGCAAACUGUCUGGGCCUGAAUGCCAGCGCCCUCCUCUGACCUCUCCUCUCGCACGGCAUCUUCAGUGCUCGGCCAUGUGAACCUCAUGAUGGAUACAUUCAUCGCUAACGCUAACGCGGAAGAUCUCCGUGCGAUCGUACGAGGGAUGAUCGCGACCAGCCCCCCGGCAUCGGCAUCGAGCCUUGCUUCACUGGCGCGACGCAGGCUAGUACAAACCGGAGCCCCGAGCGUUCCUUCACCGGACGGCCUAUUCAUUUCCGAUACAUCGCGCGGUUUAAGUGCACCUACCGAUAAACUGCGACAAGUUCUAUCACGAGUCCGAGCUCUCUACGGAGCCGGACUCGGAUUCGCGAGUCUGAAGAUCCUCGCGGUGAUCGUAAAGGCGGCGGAGGGCGUAAAGUGGAUGGAAGGAAGCGAGUUGGAGACGCUGCUUGCGGCGAUCGACGUGGACAUCAGUCAGGCCAUUCAGAGCUGCAAGGAAGAGGCGGACAGUGGGAGGGUGACGAACUUGGCAUUCGGGAGGGCGGCGGUGAAUGAAUUGCGCGCUGCUGUCAAGGGGAACAGGAUGGUAGUGGUAUCCGGGGUGGGCGGUUACCAAUUCGAGCAGGGAGAGAACGCGCUAGACUACUGGAAGAUCUAAAGUUUAUUUGCGCUCGGAGGACUCGAUACAUAAGAUGAUUGACUCUGUGAUAGCAUG